AUGAGUUUCUGCAUAUAUGAUUCAGAUAUUGUUGUAUGUAACAGUAACCAUCUUAUAACAUACAAUAUCGAUAAUAACUUAGUAAGUACCAUAGCACUACCUCAUAUGGAAUGUAAUAAGGGAGUUAAUAUACAUAAUAAUAUAGAUGUAGAAUCAUAUCACAUGAUAAUAAGUACAACAUUUUCUAAUGAUGGCAAAUAUUUUUUGGUAUGUACAAAUCGCAAACAAUUGUGUUUAUAUGAAAGAAAAAGUAAGAGACUUAUAUCGAAUAGAAUACUUCCUAGAGCAGCAAGCAAAGUAAUAUUUUCUCCAAACAAUGAUAUAAUUGUUGCUGAUAAAGCUGGAGAUGCUUAUCUAUUUUCUACUACAAAUCCUAUAGAAAAUGGAGCUUUACUUUUAGGACAUUUAUCGAUGCUACUGGACAUACUUGUUACAGAAGAUGGAAAAUAUAUUUUAACAACUGAUAGAGAUGAAAAGAUCCGUGUAUCAAUGUUUCCACAUUCGUAUAAUAUCGUAUCUUAUUGUCUUGGACAUAGCAAAUUUGUAACAAAUAUUUGUGAACUACCUCAUAAAAAAAAAAUUCUAAUAAGCUCAGGAGGAGAUGGAACUUUCAUGUUAUGGAAUUAUGAAUUUGGAAGAGAAUUAUUAACUGUUAAUUUUAGUGAAAAAAUUGCUAAAUAUAAUAUUGACAAAUUUAAUCAAAUUCUUAAAACUAAUCAUUAUGAAGAAUAUGUUAAUGUUUUACCUGUGAAACAUCUAAAAGCUACAGCACUUAAUAAAUUAUCAUCUUUACUUGUUAUAAGUUUUUAUAGUAGUAAUAUAUUACUAGUAUACAUCAUUGAUGAAACAAUGGAAUCACAUUUAACAUCCACUUGGAUUGAAACCAUAAUAAUGGAAGAUGAACCUUUAGAUUGUUUCUUAAAAAAUCAUCAAAUGUGGGUUUUAACCAAUGCAGGAGUAAAUGUAUAUAUUUUGAAGAAUAAUCAUUUUGUAUUGGAUUCAAUUACAAAUAAUACAUUAAAAGAAUUGAAUGAAGUCUGGAUGUCAUUGAAUAAUGAUACACUUAGGCAAAAUUUAUUCCCUAUUUUGUAUAAAAGAAAAUAUGAUAAUGUACAACAAUAUUUAGAAAGAAAAAAAUCACGUCUGUCGAAUACUUUAGAAUAAGUAUUUUCAGUUAACAAAAUAAAAUUUCAAAGAAAAAAAAAGAAAGAAAGAAAAGAAAAGAAAAGAAAGAAAUAAACAUAUAUCAUGUAUUAUAAAUGUAAAUUCAUCUCAUUAUUUGAAUAAUAAAAGCAUGACACAAGUUUACAGGAAUUUGUGAUAUCAGACAAAAUAUAUUGAUGAUAAGUUAAGCAUGACUAAUAUAUUAUUAAUAUGCGAAUUCACAUGAAAAUGUAUGUAUUGUUAAGAUAAAAUAAGGCUAUUUUAUUAA